AUGAGCAGCAGCAGCAGCAGCGGCAGUGAGAGCGAUAGCGGGAGUGAGGUGCAUGAGGAGGUGAAUACUCAGCAAGUGCAGGCUCAAGCUGGGGACAGUGAGCAUCCACAGCCAGAAGAAGAGAAGGCGUUGAGUCAUAAAGAGAGAAGAAAGCAGCGUAGAGAAGCUGCCAUGGCUGAGAAGAACGCCGGCGCUGACGACCAAGAGAAGACAGAGUCGACAGCCAAAACUGAGGCUAGUGGACCAGCACCAGAGAAAGAAAAGAGAUCUCACUGGGGUGUGUGGAUUGGCAAUUUAUCCUUCAAAACAACGAGAGAGCGGCUUUUCGAGUGGAUUGCAAACAAUAUCGGCGAAUCUGAGGACGUUAUCACUAGAAUAAAUAUGCCCAAGGGUCACCAAGCCCAUGAGCACAACAAAGGGUUCGCCUAUGUGGAUCUGUCGACGGAGGAUAUCAUGCACAAGGUUAUAGCGCAAUCUGAGAACAACCUCGAUGGCAGGAAGCUGUUGAUUAAGUCGUCUAGCAACUUUGAAGGCAGACCAAAGCCCCAGCUGCCUGAAGGAAUCGCAGACGAGAAGGAUCUGUCCAAGUUUAGUAGGAAAAUUCUCAGCAGCCAACAAAACAAGCCAAAUCCAACGCUUUUCUUUGGUAAUUUGUCCUUCGAUACAACACAGGAAUCGAUCAAAAAUUGGCUAGUCAGCAACGCGGAGAAACACCACAAGCGUCAGAUUGAGCAGAACAAAGCAGGCGCCGAUGAUAAGCUGGACGUUGGCAUCAAGAGAGUCCGUCUUGGUACAUUCCCAGACAGCGGAAAAUGCAAAGGUUGGUGUUUCAUUGAUUUCAAGAACACUUCACAAGCCACUUCUGCACUUUGCGAGUCUCACAACCACAAGAUGUACGGCCGUGAAUUGAAGGUGCAGUUUGGCCAGGAUAGAAGCGAGCAGAAGAAGCGCAAGUUUGACAAAGAGAGUGAGAAGGAAGGUGGUGGUAGGGAGCGUCAAGAUGACUCAAGCAAACCACCAAAACGUGCUAAACCUGGUGCCGCGCUUGCUAAUGCACAGCGUUCAGAUAAGGCCAGUGGUGCAAUCAACCAGCCAGCAGCAGGAAACAAGAUAACGUUUGAUUAG